CACUUCUUUCUUUUGCUCAACACUAUUCUUCGUAUAACUAUUGCUAGAACUACAGUUUAUGUGAUCAUGGGAAAUCGCAAGCCGGCCUGGUUAGAAGCUCUCUACGUGCAGAAAUUCUUCACAGCAUGUUCAACUCAUGAACACUUAAAAAAGAACGAGAAGAAUAUAUGUUGUUUGGAUUGUUGCAUCAGUAUCUGCCCACACUGUGUUCACUUUCAUCGAUUACAUAGGCUUCUUCAAGUUCGUCGUUAUGUAUAUCAUGAUGUGGUAAGGCUGGAAGAAUUAGAGCGACUUAUUGACUGCUCAAAUGUUCAGGCUUAUACCAUCAAUAGUGCAAAAGUGGUGUUUAUCAAGAUGAGACCUCAAAACAGGCAACUUAAGGGCUCUGGGAAUUUUUGUACUUCUUGUGAUAGGUGCCUUCAAGAACCUUUCAUCCAUUGCUCUCUAGGGUGUAAGGUGGACUUUGUGCUUAAACAUUAUAGAGACCUCACACCAUUCUUAAGGGUAUGCAAUUCCUUACAACUAGGUCCAGAUUUCUUCAUUCCAAAUGACAAUGGAGAUGAUGAUAUGACAAAUGAAACGCCUCAUUCGACCAUCAUGGAUUAUGAUGACCCGAUGAGCUCAUGCUCAGGUUCAUCGAGUUCAGAAAACAUCAGCGUGAUGUGCACCAAAUUUGUUAGAAAAAAGAGAAGUGGACUGUACACUUGUGGAAGAAUAUCAUCAAAUCCGGUUCAUUCUGAAGAGGAUAUGGCCUCAAGCAUAAGUAGAAGAAAGGGCAUUCCCCAAAGAUCACCUAUGUGUUGAGACGUGAGAGAGCUCUAAUAAACUGAGGUGCUUCCAUUAUUUAUUUAUUUUUCUGAAGUUUUGGAAUAUUAUUUUUUAACUACUGCAGCGUCUAGUAUCUCUAUAAUUAAGAUGUUUUAUGUUAUAGUUUAUUAAUUAC